AUGGCGCCGGCGUCGUCGAAGCUGAGGGCCGAGGCCGACCUCGGGGCAUUCCCGCGGCGGGCGCUCGCCCAGUACCUGCGCCUCCUGCGGCUCUACCCGGUGCUCACCAAGGUGACCACGGAUGGCAUUUUGUCAGCACUUGGGAACUUCCUGGCCCAGUUGAUUGAGAAGAAGCAGGAAAAAGAAAACUGCUCUCAAAAGCUAGAUGUCAGAGGGCCUCUCAGAUAUGCCAUUUACGGGUUCUCUUUCACAGGGCCGCUGGGUCACUCCUACCUCUUCAGGGACUGGAUCCCUCCCGAGGCCCCCUCGGCAGGCGUCGCGAGGCUACUGCUGGGCCGCCUCCUCUUACCCGCCUUCCUGUCAUCGUUCUCCCUCAUCGUGACCCUCCUGGAGGGGAAGGGCACGGCCGCCUUCGCUGCCAAGAUGAAGAGAGGAUUCUGGCCGGCGCUGCAGAUGAACUGGCGAGCCUGGACUCCAGUGCAGUUUAUUAACGUCAACUAAGUCCCUUUGCAAUUCCGGGUGCUCUGUGCCGACUUGGCGGCUCUGUUCUGGCAUACCUACCUGGCCUCUCUGGGGAAGUGA